AUGAUACUGAAGAGGUUGAUCCACUUUGACGCUGUGAAUAUCGACGAUGAUGUGGAUUUACGUCGGCUGCAACGAAAUGUGGCUUUUCGAGGUGAGAGCGAAUUUUAUGUAGUGGAAGUACCACAAGAACCAAACACAACAAACGAAAAGUUGUGCGAAAUGGAUUUUAUCAAGUACCGGGAAAAAUAUCCAGAAGGUUCAGCUAUAAUGCCCAAUGAGAAUCGGAGGAAACGAUGCAGCAGUUCGCCACGAAAAUAUGAUUUUUUU